AUGGAGCCUACGAUGAACUUCAACUUUGGGGGAUGGAAGAGCUCCAAGGCUGUGUACUCGCACGCCUCUAUCAAGAGACUCGCUCUUCAUCUUUUUGGUCACGCUCUUGGGCUGCCUCAUGCCAAGCUGAAUCAGUGGCCAUUAUCAUGGAAGGAGGUCGAACUUGAACGGGAGUGCGAUACGUUCAACGCUCAACUGCUCCGUGACGCCAAAGGAUGUGACCAGCUACCGGACCCCGAGUCGAUCAUGCAUUAUGAUGUCCCAGCUCGACUAGUCAACAGCACAACUGAAAUACGACAAGGCAAUUGUUUCAUAGAUCAAGAGGCUCGAAGUCUCGUGCAGUCUUUAUAUCCCAAGGUCUUGGAGGCUGCGUUCUUUCAAUGCGAUACAUCCGACUUCUCGAAAGAUUCCAUCGCCAAACACUUCUUCCGCACAUCUUGUACCGCCAACAUCGUGACUGGCAUUCGCAAAGUGGACAUGGGUAUCAAUGCCAACUUUCGCCUCAAGUCCGAGGUUUCCAACGUCGACAGCGUUGGGUACACAGUCAAAAUGGGAACUUGGGACGAGACAUGCCUGAACGCAGCCAUUUGCAACGUUCUUUCCUUCAAACCGGCGGAUGAAAGAGUUCAGACUGGGAGCGCCAGAUGGGACAGUCUGACUGGAGGAAACGAGCGAUGGACCCGACAGACUUUUGGGAAAGCUUUCAAUCAGACCCCGAAUGUCGUUGUCUUCAUUAGUGCAUUUGACACUGAAGAGAGCAAGGUCGUGCGCAUCGACGUGGCGCCUUCGGACAUUGAUAAGAACGGUUUUACAGUCCAUCUGAAGACCUGGAAUGAUUCCAAUAUCUACAACAUAACGGCCUCUUGGGUUGCACACGAGCCAGAUGAGUGGUCUAUCCGCUCCGGCCCUCUCGACAUCGCAUUCGGUCAACGCCAGACAAAGGAUGUGAAACUCACGAGCGAUUAUAACUUCCCAAUGAAGGAGAAACCUGCUCAACUCUUCUAUGCUUUUUCGCAUAUUGAUGUGGAGCCCGACAGAAAUCUCCAAGUAGAUUUAUAUGCGACCUGUGACGAGAAGAGGGUGUACGCAGAGUUCAACACCUGGGAUAACGAGCAAGGCUUUUUCCAGUGCAAGGGGUGUUAUAUUGCUCUUGCUCAGGUGUAG